AUGAAGGCAAAUUGCAAAAUUAAGAACAAGCCGCUACUAAUCAAGUGCACCAUUGCGUUCACCUUUGCCAUUCUGAUGUUCUUUAUGCAAUCUCUGCCAGUAUUCGCAGGUGCCACACUGUGCUGGGUUGCGAUGUUGGCGGCGAUACUGCUGCUGAUCCUGGCCAAUAAGCCGGACAUUGAUGCUGUGCUGGAGGGUGUCGAGUGGGGCACUCUGAUCUUCUUUGCCGCACUCUUUGUGCUAAUGGAGUCAAUUGUUGAGAUGGGCGUGAUCGAUUGGGUGGGAGAACUGACUGUCGGCAUUAUUAUGAGUGUUGGCAAGAGUCAUCAGCUGGCGGUGAGCAUUCUGCUGAUCAUUUGGGUGAGCGCCUUGACAUCCGCCUUUGUGGACAACAUACCCAUAACAACCAUGAUGCUUAAGCUGGUUAUCAAACUGGCGAACAAUCACGAUCUUGGUCUAUCAUUUCCACCUCUGGUUUGGUCCCUUUUAUUUGGCGCUUGUUUUGGUGGCAAUGGAACACUAAUUGGCGCUUCCGCGAACGUUGUAACUGCCGGCAUUGCCCAUCAGUAUGGCUAUCAUAUAACCUUUAAAGGCUUCUUUCUCAUCGGAUUUCCCAUAAUGAUGGCAACGGUGUUGACGGCCACCAUUUACCUUCUGAUUGCCCACUGUCUCUGCAACUGGCAUGAUCCACCAUCCUAUAAUUAG